AUGAAUCAGCGACAACGGAAACAAUUUGGUUCAGCUGGAAAUCUUGCUAUAAAAGGUACAGGUUAUAUGGGUUUCAAUAAAACAUCAUGCCAUAGGCUGCAGCAAAAUGUUCAGUCAUCUGCAACAAUGAUGUCACAAAGGUCAGCAGCACAUCGAACAAUGUCAACCUCAACAACAACCACAAAGACAACACUUCGAAAAAGUGGUAGCAUUGGAAAUAUGCGUAAUAUUGUCACUUCAUCAGUACCAUCAAUUAAAACUACCACUUCAAAAGAGACAAGAACAUGUCCAUGUCGACAAAAUGAUCUUGAACAAUCAGCAAUUCAUCUACAAGAGCAAUAUGCAAGACAAUUGCAACAACAAAUUUAUCUUUUGGAACUUGAAAAUAAUUAUUUGAAGCAUAGUACCGAAAAAGGAUCUCGAAAAAACAAUGAAAAUGAUGAUUCAUAUCACAGUGAUACUUCACCAUCUUUGAGUGUGACUACAAAUUUAGCUAUAUCACGAGAGCAUGAUUCAUCUGGAAUUGAUAAUCCAGAUGAUGAGAAUGAUAAGGAGAAAUCAUGGAGAAUACGGAAAAGAGUUUCGUAUGCGGAACCUGAAGUUACGGAAACAUCCAUUCCUUCAAAUAGUUAUGAUAUGAAAUCAUCUUCCUAUACAACCGAUCAAGCUGAAUUACUGCAUAAAUUAGAAGAAUUAUAU